CGUAAAGCCAGAAAAAUGCACAUUUCUAAAAACACACGAGGGAGGACCACGGAGCUUCUUCCGCUAGUUUUUGCUAAUUCCAAUUCAGCUAAAUAAUUUUGCUAUUAAAUAUGUACAUUUCGCUGUUCCUUUUUAAAAUGAUUCACGGAACAAUUAGAUAUAAAUCGUUAUAAAAGGGAGUUUAAAUAAGAGAAAAGUUGUUCUGAGGAGAGGGGGGGCUAUUCCGUGGUGGGUAGAAGACAAGAUGGCGGAGCGAAGAUUCCAUGUGGUGGGUUUUAGACAAGAUGGAUACUUGUUUAAAUUAAGAUGUUUAUUUUCUUUCAGUUUUUAAAUUAAAAUGUUUUAUAUGUGAAAUAAUUUCCUACUUGUUUAAGUUAAGAUGUUUAUUUUCUUCUUCUUUCAGAAAUGACUCCCACAAUCGAUUCUUCAAUUUGCCCGAUGUGCCUUAACAGCAUCUGAGGAGGGCACAUUUGAUAAAGAAUGUAGAGGAGCGAAAACUCCUACUUAACAUGGCAGGCGGGCGGGUCAAUAUCCGCUUCGCCCCUUGUCCAGUCGUGGGCUGCAAAUACCGCAGCUCAAGACUGGACAAGCACCUCCAGGAAGGCCACCCGGAGCUGACCCGAACCCGGAUGGCCAUGGAAGUAGUCGCUGCCAGGAGGGCGGUGCCGGUCAGCUUCUUGGCUGUCUGAGGGCCACAAACCCUCAGAUAGCCAUGAUCUCAGAUUUUGACCUGGAGGUAAGCCAAGACGACGACAUGCAGGGAGUUGAUGACGUUGACCCGGGGCUGGUCUGCCACAGAGCAGAAUGCUGGCUGUGAGGGCGGAGCUCCAGGACACAUUUGCGACAAUUGAGAGGAAGGAGAGGCAAUCUCUCCUUAUCAGCAAAAUAAAGGUUCUGACCAGAAAACUCCGCCGAUAUCAGAAGGUGGUCAAAGAGAUGAAGGAAGGUGCAGCCGGGGAGUGGAGGAGGUGGAGGAGCGGGAUGAGCGUUUGGAGGAGGAUGAGCGGGUGGAGGCCGGGCCAAGCAGGGAGGUCGAUGAACAGAGGGCAACCUUCAAGGGGAUGGGGAGAGGUGCGGCCAUGCGGCAUCUGGUCCUCCCUCCCAGUAUUGGGAAAUGGAAAAAACUCUUUUGUGGGGGCAUACCAAUCCUUCCACGAAAGAAGCCACCGAACAAAUAAACAAGUGGAAAUUGCACUAUCAAAAGCCAGUCGGGUGAGGUCGUUUUUAUUCCACCUCUCUGUGGGUAAGAGCGACCUCGCCUCCUGGCUUUUCUUAGAUAUGCCCGGCAUUCAGAAAUACACAGCUGAACUGAUGCAAGAGGGCAAAGAGGUCACCACAAUAAACUAUUACCUCUGCAAUAUCCUGCAGUUUUUGACAUACCUGCAGGAGACCCCACCAAAGUCAUGCAGGUUGAGGAGGGCCCAGAUCAGCGCGAUAACAAGGGCGGUCCAAAAGGCUCUCCAAAACCUUGCAAGGCCAAUUGUAUCGCAUCAGCUGAAGGUCAAGGCUGCUAAGAUGAAAAAGACUGUAUCCAGGGCUAGCCUGAGGAGGUGCCAGGAGCAGGCCAGGCUGGUCAUCCCCGAGCUGCUGACCGACUACAACCUCAGGGACGAUUUCUAUGGGUACUUCUCGGCCUUCGUCAUCUCCAUUUUUGGACACAGCCCGGGGGUCCUGACGAAUAUGACCGUCCCUGAGGUUGAGGCGGCCAAACAAGAUCCUCUGCUCCCGACCGACACCGGCUACGUCAUCACUAUUGACGAACAUAAGACCAAUACAGAUUUUGGGGGGGCUCAGAUCUUCCUGACAUUCGAGGAGUUCUCCUGGCUGGAGAGGUGGCUCGAAAUCAGGAAGCAUCUGAGCCCCAAGAAUCGGAGGGUGUUCGUCACUAGGGGUGACGGGCCGGUGAAGAACAUGGUCAGAUAUCUCCAAACAGCCUGGGCCCAGAUGGGCCUGCCUGGACGGCCCACCUUCACUGACCUCAGGACGGCGGUGUCUGCACACGUAAGUGUAAUUUUCUAG